CAAAGCACCCGCCUCUCUCACGAGGAACGCUUCACGAUCUCGCAGGGUCUCCAAGGUUAUUAUGUGUGUGUGAGGCGCUCGCGGUGGUCGUGACUUUCUCCUUCGGCGAGGCAGGAGCUUGAGAGCGUUGCAGUUAUUUGAGGCCACGAUGGAUCAAGCUAGGACAACAAUUUCGAAAAUCUUCAAUGGAGAGCCACGCUCCUACACUCGCUUUAACCUGACCCAGAACAUGGAGGGUGACAACAGCCAUGUGGAGAUGAAGCUCUCGUCUGACAUGGAUGAUGAAGUUGAGGCUAACGGUGUUGGGGAAAACAUAAACCAACAUAAUGGUCCAUAUUACCCCAGCAAACUGAACCAGCGCUCUCCCAAAACCGUCUGCGGAUAUGUCAUUGGCAUUCUGUUCCUUUUUAUUAUCGGAUACCUCAUCGGUUACCUGUCUAACAGAAGCACGAACAAAACAGAAAUCAAGUCGGAAUGUCCGGUCUUUAAUGAGAUGGUGCCAGUGAAAGCAGAAGCAGUUUAUUCAUUGGACUGGAGUGAUCUUAAGACAUUGCUGAAAAAGAAACUGACAACCGACAACAUUAACAGCAACCUCAAGGAAUUCUCUAGUGUCAGUCACCAGGCUGGAAGCACAGGAGAUGAGGCACUCGCUAAUAAAAUCAUGGGGAAAUUCAAAACCUUUGAGAUGACUGCCUGGACGGAUGAGCACUAUGUGAAAGUCCACGAGCCUGGUUCUUCAAAUAACAGAGUCCUGUUCCGUGGCAACGUUGUGGGAAAUAGCGAGGGCUAUUUGGCAUACAGUGCACUGAAAACGGUGCAGGGUGCAGCUCUGUAUGCCCAUUACGGACGAGCAGAAGACUUCAGGCGCCUGCAAGAGCUAAAUGUUGACAUAAAUGGAAAGGUUGUCUUGGUCAGAGCUGGGCUCUUAAGUUAUGCUGAAAAGGUUGCUAAUGCUGCUAGCUUGAAUGCUAGUGCUGUGCUAAUUUAUCCAGAUCCUGUUAACUACAAUAUCAAAGACGACACUGCCCUUUUUGGCCAUGUCCAUCUCGGCACUGGUGAUCCUUAUACUCCAGGAUUCCCUUCCUUCAAUCAUACCCAGUUUCCCCCGGCUAAGUCCUCUGGCUUGCCCAGCAUUCCGGCUCAAACUAUAACCAUAAGACAGGCUACUGAGAUCAUGAGUAAAUUAAAUGGUCGGACUUCCCUUAAUGGCUGGAGCGAUGGGAUGCUUCGCGAUACCAUGUACAAGCUCGGCGAUGAUGAUGACAUUAUCACAGUGGAAGUUAAGAAUGUCCUUAUUCAGAAAAAAAUCCACAAUGUGUUUGGAGUCAUUAAAGGUUAUAUGGAUACAGAUCGUUAUAUGGUGAUUGGUGCCCAGCGAGAUGCAUGGGGCCCUGGAUUUGCCAAAAGCACAGUUGGGACUAGUUUACUGGUGGAGUUGGCCAGAACUAUCACAGAUAUGAUUAAGAACGAUGGAUUCAAGCCUAAAAGGAGCAUCAUUUUUGCUAGCUGGAGUGCUGGUGAAUAUGGAAGUGUUGGGGCCACUGAGUGGUUGGAGGGCUACCUGACCUCCCUCAAUUUGAAAAUGUUUUCUUACAUCAGCCUUGAUGAAGUUAUUUCAGGUUUUGACACUUUCAAAGCAGCCGCCAGUCCGCUGCUGUAUGAGUUACUAGAGAGCACUAUGAAACAGGUCUCAUCUCCAGUUGAUGCAACCAAAUCCUUGCAUGAACAGUUUGCUGGAUCCAACUGGGAAAAGUCUGUAAUGGAGCCUAUGGGUUUGUCUCACUCUGCUUAUCCUUUCCAGACCUUCUCAGGCAUCCCAUCAAUUUCAUUUCGAUUUACUUCGACUACAAAGUCAUACCCUUUUGGCACUAUCGAGGAUACAGAACAAAAUCUGGAACGGUACACUUCCUACAACACCCUGAAACUCGCCAAGACAGCAGGAGAGGUGGCCGGACUGGUUACGCUUCGGCUGGUACACGACCACUUGCUCAAGCUGAACGUGGCGAAGUAUACCAGCGUCAUCCGCAACUAUGUAUCCGAAAUCAGAUCUAAAGUUGAGUCACGCCAGAUGUCGGGCCGCCUUCCCUCCACUGUGACGAUUCAGUGGCUUCUCUCAGCUUAUGGCUCAUACGAUCGUGCUGCUAGCGCUCUCGCUUCGGCCAUCCAGAACAGUGAUCUUGAUGACAUCGAGCAGUGCCGCAUCAUCAACAAUCGCAUUAUGAGGGUGGAAAGCAGUUUUCUCUCUCCUUACGUGUCUCCGCGGGAGAGUCUAUUCCGGCACAUUCUGCUGGGCUCCGGAUCACACACUCUGGCAGCUCUGGUGGAUCACCUUGAAGCUAUUAAAGGAGGGCUUGAAUCUGCUGACAUCGACCAAUUCAAGAAUCAGUUUGCUCUUGCCACUUGGACCAUCCAGGGCUGUGCCAAUGCAUUAGCAGGGGAAGUAUGGGAUAUGGAUAAUGAAAUUUAGACAAGUGGAAUCAACUCACCUCUUUAACUGUGUGAUAGCUUUGAACCCAUCACUCAAGGAAAAAAAGGAAAAUUAAAGCAAAAAAUGAUUUUGGUGCUCUAUUAACGUGAAUUUAGGAUAAGUGGUUUACAUCAGUAUUUACAGCAGUAGUUGAUCCAAAAAUGAAACAUUGUGUCAUUUACUCAUCUUCAUGUCAUUCCAGACCCCUUCUGUGAAAGAUGUUUGAAGUAUACAAUAAUAAUAACUGCAGCUAUCAAACUUAAAAAAAGACACAGGGGCGUAACAUAUUAUAAAAGUAGCUCCCAUCACUCAUGUGCUAUAAUUCACCCUCUGCAUCAUAGAUCAAAAUUCAUAAGGGGUUUGAUUGACAUGAAGGUAGAAAACUCAUUCUUGGAGGAAGUUUUUCUUUGAGAUCUAGUUUUGAUUAUACAAAUUCGGAAUGUGUUACUGGUUUAUUUUCAAAAUCUUUUUUUUGAGACUCCUUUUAGGAACUUCUUGCAUAAUACCUGAACAGUCUGGAUUUAGAGGGGUUUUUAUACAGACUCCAGUUAGACAAUCAACCAUUGACAUUUUAAUGUUUGUAACCUAACUUACCUGUGAUCAUAAAACACCUCGUAAAGUACAGUAUUUUUCCAACUUUCUGGUUGGAUACACUUUUUCAGGGGCUCUUUGGAUCAAUUCUGUCAAAUAGAAAGAGGCUUUCCUAUGUGGCUCAGAAAUUCUAUUUAUUAGUUUUUUUAUUUAUCAGUGACAGGGAUCACUAUAAAUAGCAUUUUGUACCGCCUUUUUUUAAACAAAUGUAUAAUUAUCGGAAGCAGUGCCUUCCAUAAUUAUGACAGUUAUACUGUCGAAAUGUGAAAGCAGCAUCUGCUAUGGAUAUGACCUUGUUUUCAAAAGCUAUGACCACAGACUACAUUGUAUUUCUUAAAUGAUAAUUAAAAAAAUCAGUAAGUUACUGCUAUGUAUCAGUCUUUGGCACUCUCCUUUUGAAUCAAUGUUACCUGAUCCAGAAUUAUUAUCGGGAGCAGUGCCUUCCAUAAUGCGAAGAUGAUGGUAGUUUUUGCCUACCGAUGUGUUGAUAUCGAGGGCAGUGCCCCUCAUAUUUCACUGUGAUGUGGAUGUAAGUAUUGGGAACUGUGUUUCCCAUGAUGAUGUACAAAAUCAUCUAUAUUCACACUCUUACCAUAGUAGUUAUCUGUUGUGAGUCAUGUAAUCCGUCAGUUUUUCAUACACAGUGAAGUGCUGUUACCUUCUUAAGCAUUGGAUUAAGCAAAUAUGGAGUGGGUGAUGAUCACAGCAGAAAUAAAAGACUAUAGAAACAUUCUCUGUAAGAUCCUGUCAUGGGCUUCUGAAAGAUUCUGUUCUGUUCUCUUAUUCGGUUUUCAUAGUUCUUUUGUUUUUGGUGUGUUGUUAUUUCUGCCUUGGAGAUUAUGGUCAAGCCUUUCAAAUAUUUUCUUUUUUCUUCUUCUUUGUUCUUUCUUGUACUUAACUUCACUUUUGCUGUUUUACUUGCAAAUCGGAGUGAGAUUAAAUUAUAAAUCUAUUCGGCUAA